AUGGCCGGCAACCAGCGGUAUAUCCGCUACCUUGUCUUUGCCGUAGUGGCCCUCGUCCUCCUCUACUUCAUCGGCUCCUCGUCGUCUGUGCCUUCCGCGAGCUGGCCAGUCUACCAAGACAACAAGUCGCCCGCGACUCCUCCCCAGGGCAACGCCCCCGUCGCCAACGAUGAAGUCCAGCAAGUCGCGCCUGGCACCACACCCAACGAGCAGGAGGGACUUCCCCCCGCGACCGCCCCCGGCGACCGCAUGAACGCAACCUUCGUUACCCUCGCCCGCAACUCCGAUGUCUGGGAAAUCGCCAAGUCCAUCCGCCAAGUCGAAGACCGCUUCAACCGCAAGUUCCACUACGACUGGGUUUUCCUCAACGACGACGAGUUCGACGACCAAUUCAAGAAGGUUACAUCUGCUCUUGUGUCCGGCAAGACCAAGUACGGCAAGAUUCCCAAAGAGCACUGGUCCUUCCCCGAAUGGAUUGACCAGGACAAGGCCGCCAAGGUCCGCGAGACCAUGAAGGAGAAGAAGAUCAUCUACGGCGACUCCGUCAGCUACCGACACAUGUGCCGCUACGAGUCUGGCUUCUUCUUCCGCCACCCCUUGAUGCUCGACUAUGAGUGGUACUGGCGCGUCGAGCCCAGCGUUGAGCUCUACUGCGACAUCAACUACGACACCUUCAAGUUCAUGGCCGACAACAAGAAGAAGUACAGCUUCACCCUCAGUCUUUACGAAUACGUCGAGACCAUUCCUACCCUCUGGGACGCCACCAAGAACUUCACCAAGCACUACCCCCAGCACAUUGUCAAGGACAACGGCAUGAAGUUCCUCAGUGACGACGGCGGUGAGACCUACAACCACUGCCACUUCUGGUCCAACUUCGAGAUCGGCAACCUUAACUGGCUCCGCUCCGACGCCUACAUUGACUUCUUCACCUCGCUCGACCAUGCUGGUGGUUUCUUCUACGAACGAUGGGGCGAUGCUCCCGUGCACUCCAUUGCUGCUGGUCUGCUACUACAAAAGGACGAGAUUCACUUCUUUAACGACAUCGCCUACUACCACGUCCCAUUCACACAUUGCCCAACAGGCGAGCAAUACCGCCUCGACCACAAGUGCUCUUGCAACCCCAAGGACAACUUUGACUGGAACGGAUACAGCUGCACAUCUCGCUUCUACGAGAUGCAAGGCAUGGAGAAGCCAGCAGGGUACGAAAAGGAGCAAUAA